AUGAGUAAAGGACUCAAAGUCUAUUUCAUCCGCCACGCAGAAUCUUACAAUAAUUAUAUGAAAUUAACACAUAGGGAGAGUUAUGAAUCAUAUAGAGAAAUUGACCCAGUUUUGACAUCAGUCGGGCAAGAUCAAGCGACAAAGUUGGGUGAGUACAUGAAAAAAAAUUGGAAAAAUUUUGAGAUACAGUGUGUCUAUACAAGCCCUAUGAUCAGGACGCUUCAGACAGCGAAAUUUGCAUUUGAUGGGAUCGAUGCGAAAAGAGAAGUAUGGACUGAUAUAUAUGAAGUUAGAGGGCCGAGAAGAAAUGGGGUUCCUUUCCCUGGGUCUACAAGGUCGCAGCUACUAAAAAUGUUUCCUGAGUUCGAAAUUCCAAAUGAGGUUAAUGAGAAUGGAUGAUUUUUUAAAGAAACGGUAGAAACGUUAGAAGAAGCUGAGACUAGAGCAAAAAAUUUGUGAAAUAGACUAAUUGGGUAUGCAAAUAAUAAGGAGUAUCCUUUUACAAGCAUUGCGCUAAUCACACAUGGGAAAUUUUUGAAUUUUUUGUUUUAUUUUUUAUUGAAAGAAUGGAUUUAUAAAGGAAAUGCAUUUUUUGAGCCUUUGCUGAAUUUUUAUAAUACUGGGGUUUCACAAGUUAUAUUAAGGAAAGAUUUAACUUUGUUGGAGAGCAUGGAUAAAGUUGGGCAUCUACCGGUGCCGCCCAGACACAAAGGCGGGUAUAAUUAA